AUGUCGGGUAUACCUAACACACGGAUGAAUGGCCUGCCAACCUUUACUAGGGAGCAGUUGGUCGAGUACUUUAACCGGACGUAUCAAUGCCAGUCUGAUGUUGGGGAGAGAAAGCUAAACGAGAUCGAACAACUGGUCAAAUCUGACCCCCGUGAGGCACUCUUCAGCCUUCAGAGGCGACACCUGGCGACGUUUCCAUUCUCUAAUUUGGUUCUCCAUUACUCUCAGCACCAGUCAAUCUCGCUGGAUCCUGAUGUGCUUUUCCAUAAGAUGGUGGAAAGGGGGCUGGGCGGUUACUGUGUUGAAAACACGGGGUUGCUUGCAAUUGUGCUCCGGACUCUUGGAUUCAAAUUCUACUGUGGUGGAGCGAGAGUCUCGAAGAAUCUGGUUCCUGGGCCUGAAAAUGCCAAGUUUACCGGGUUUUCUCACCAGGUUUUGAUAGUUACUAUAAAAGAUGUCAAGUACAUGGUUGACGUUGGAUUCGGUCCCCAAGGCCCCACUCAGCCUUUGGUGAUGAAUGAAGGGGAGCCAGUUCUGUCUGGCAUUGCUCAGAUGAGCUUAGUUCGGAAGCAACUCAGUAUCAACACUGAUCCUGAGCAGCGGCCAUGGGUGUAUCAAUUCCGCAAGGACCCUAACAGCGAAUGGGUGAUGGCUUAUUGUUUCUACGAAAUCGAGUUUAUAUCCGAGGACUAUGACCUGAUGAAUUGGUGGGCUAGCAAGCAUCCAACAAGCCCUUUUACCCAAGGGUUCAUCUUUACGAAAUUCACCCUCAACAAAGCGGAGGACGGCAUUGACGGAGUCUUGAUGCUCCUUAAGAACAUCGUCAAAAGAAACCAUAACGGGAAAGCUGAAAUUCUGAAAACUCUAAGAAGUGAGGAAGAACGCGUUGCUGCGCUGAAAGAAUUCUUUGAUGUACAUCUCCAGCCGAUGGAGAUCCGCGGCAUUCGCGGAAAAAGCACUGAGAUCGCGAAAGCCUACGAGAGUUUUGGGGAUUCCUCUUGA